CAUUUCUGAACAAAUAAUCUUCCAUCUCCUGGCUAGUGUUUGUCUAGGUUUAACAAAAUAGUCAAGUGUUGAACUCACACUGCCCACUCUCUCUCUCUCUGCUCAAGAGGCAAAGCUGGUGCAGGAUUUAAAGUUCCUAUGCAGGAUUUCAGCCCUUGUCCUUGGAUCUACAGCCACAAACUAAGGAGAAAUGAGUGAGCAGACAGUGACUUAUGCGGACCUUCCAUUUUGUGCUCCUCCAAAAGAGAAGACCAAACAGAAAGGAAAACCAAGCAGGAUCCCAGGUGAAUCUUUCUACCCUUAUAACCCAUCAGAAAUCAGCGAGCAGGAAGUGAUCUACUCAGAUCUGAAAUGUCAUGCUCCUUCCAAAUCACAGAGGAAGCCAACGCCUACAGUCUCAGAGAACAGAGAAUCUUGUUCCGAGUCUUUGUUGUGGCAACUCACUGCAGCAAUUCUGGGGUCCCUCUGUCUGGUUUUGCUUGCAAUUUCAGGAGUCCUGGGUGCCUUAUUUCUCCUGCCUUCCCUGCAAGUGAGAAGCCAGAUUGGAAUUCUCCCCCAGCAAGAGGAAGUUCUGAAAAAUCUUACGCAGCUGAAUGAAACUUUGGAAAACUGCACCUUGGAAAGGGAUAAUUUCAAGGCCCAGAACACAAACCUGAAAGGAGAAAAAUGCAGUGCUUACUUAGAUUGCUGGAAACAUCACAGAGGAAAGUUUUACUAUUUUACUAAGGAAAGGAAAAGCUAUCAAGAAUGUAAAGCAAAGUGCUCUUCUCAUGGCUCCAAACUACUCAAGAUAGAGAACAAGGAUGAGAUGAAUUUCCUAAACUCUCUGCCAGAUUUCCAUUGGAUUGGACUAACCCGCAAAGGAAUUGCUUCAGAGUGGAAGUGGAAGGAUGGCACACCUCAUUUCACUGACCUGUUUCCAGUAUGGAAAUCACAGCUUGGACAGUCCUAUGCAGUUUUCAAUGCAGGACAAGCCUACACCAAUAGCUGUGAUGAACAACGGCCCUGUGUGUGUGUGAAGAGGACUGAGUAGCUGU